GUUUUACGUCCGGAUUUCAGGAUUUCUUAUAUCAAGAUUUGUUUGAACUUUGACAGCGUUGUUAAUGCUCCAUGUGUGACUACUUUCAGGUCGAUGUCGUCCCUACCGCCGGAGCCGUUUAUGAUGCUCCGCGCGAAGGCGCUGAGCAAGCGAGUGAUCAUCAACGUGGGCGGGGUGCGGCACGAGGUGCUGUGGCGAACACUCGAGCGGCUGCCGCAUACGAGGCUCGGCCGCCUCAGGGACUGCAACACUCACGAAGCCAUCACUGAACUUUGCGACGACUACUCCUUACAAGACAACGAGUACUUCUUCGAUAGGCACCCGAAAAGCUUCAGUUCCAUACUCAAUUUUUAUCGAACUGGGAAGUUGCAUUUAGUUGAUGAAAUGUGUGUGUUGGCGUUUAGCGACGAUCUCGAGUAUUGGGGUGUGGACGAAUUGUACCUGGAGUCGUGUUGUCAGCAUAAGUACCACCAGCGCAAGGAGCACGUGCACGAGGAGAUGAGGAAGGAAGCCGAGAGCUUGCGGCAGCGGGAAGAGGAGGAGUUCGGUCAGGGCACUUGUGCUCAGUACCAGAAAUGGCUUUGGGACCUGCUCGAGAAGCCGACCACCAGUAUCGCAGCCAGGGUGAUCGCGGUCAUCUCGAUCCUCUUCAUCGUGCUGUCCACGAUAGGGCUCACUCUCAACACGAUACCCCAGAUGCAAGUGUACGACGACAAGGGCGCGCCCAUGGAUAACCCACAGCUGGCCAUGGUCGAGGCGGUGUGCAUCACCUGGUUCACGCUCGAGUACGUGCUGCGGUUCAGUGCUUCGCCGGAUAAAUGGAAGUUCUUCAAAGGUGGACUAAAUGUGAUAGACUUGCUGGCUAUAUUGCCUUAUUUUGUAUCUCUCUUCCUGCUCGAAACCAAUAAGAACGCCACUGACCAGUUUCAAGACGUGCGCCGUGUUGUGCAAAUUUUUCGUAUCAUGCGAAUAUUGCGCAUCCUUAAACUCGCCCGACACUCGACCGGCCUACAGUCGCUCGGGUUCACGCUCAGAAACUCCUAUAAGGAGCUUGGAUUGCUCAUGUUGUUCCUUGCGAUGGGAGUACUCAUAUUCUCCUCAUUGGCAUAUUUCGCUGAGAAAGAAGAGCCGGGAACUAAAUUUAUUUCCAUUCCGGAAACGUUUUGGUGGGCCGGCAUCACCAUGACCACAGUCGGAUACGGUGACAUUUACCCCACGACCCCGUUGGGCAAGGUCAUCGGCUCAGUUUGCUGUAUUUGCGGCGUGUUGGUAAUUGCGUUACCCAUCCCAAUUAUCGUCAACAAUUUCGCCGAGUUUUACAAGAAUCAGAUGCGGCGCGAAAAGGCGCUCAAGCGACGAGAGGCGCUCGAACGCGCCAAGCGCGAGGGCUCCAUCGUUUCCUUCCAUCACAUAAACUUACGCGACGCAUUCGCCAAGAGCAUGGACCUCAUCGACGUCAUCGUGGACACAGGACACAACUUGUCGCAGGCGGACGCCACUAGCUUGGAGGGCGAGGCUCCGGCCACCACCGGCUGCUACAAACAGUACGAACACUCCAUCACCAAUAAACUGCCUCAGAGUGCCGACCCCGGCCAGUUUCAGAGCAGCCCUCAGAAAGAGCGCCGUUACUCGAACGAGGGCUUCGGUUCGCCGGAGAAACGCUUGCUCAUAAAUCCCGAACCUACACCAGGGUACAAGGAGUUCAUCGACGCCGAGCAGUUGAUGCCGAUGUCGACGUCAGACUUGCGGCAGCCGGUGUGCGUCGAGCUGGCGUGCUUGCAACGGCACCCUGCGCCCAAAGCUCUGCCCGAAGCCACCCCCAAUAGUCUCGACAGCCCAGAGGGCGACAUCGCAUGCGAGAACGACUCAUCAAACUUGUAUGUGAAUCCUCUGGAUGGUAGCGGCGGAGGCGGAGCGGGUGGGGGUGGGGGCGGGGUCACUGCCGAAUUUAACGGAGUGCGCAGGAGUGCAUCUGGGGAUGGAAGCGUGUUGUGUGCCAAAGGUUCACAGGGCGAAGGGUCGCCGCGAGGGUCUCGGGUCAGCCUGUCGGGCGCGGGGGCCUUGCCGGCCGCGGGCGCGGUGGCGAUCGCAAGACCGCUAGACGCGUCCCGCACCAGCCUACCGCAGCAGCUGGAUGACGCGCCCCCGGUCGCUGACGACGCCAAGCCCAAGCACAGAAAGGCCCGCUUCCAACAGGACUGGACGGAGGAAGAGAGGAAGCCGCCGAGAGGGAUAGCUACGAGGAUAAUUAAUCACCACAUCCUUUUUGGUAAGAACGGAAACAAACGCGGCGGCGGCUGGCCGCUAGAGGGCGACUCGCGAUCGCGCUCCAUUCUCAAGAACAAGGAGUCACGAGGCACCGACAGCGAGCUGUUACUCCAGGAGACCACCUCGCUCGGUGCUAACGGCGAUUCUGGCAGCGAGUCGUCGCCGAUUAGAUUGAAAGACUUCAAGGGCCAGAACCACAAGGGCGGCGCUUCAGAGAGGGACAACCUAGUAACGUAGUGUGUAGAGGGCGCUUCUUGCUUGACGCGCCAAGUGGGUCAGUUACCCCGGUAGAUACGCGGACACGGCAUUCGCCAGGCCCCAUACACGAAGCGAACUUGAAUACUUAGAAUGCAAUAACAUUAAAAUUAUAUACAAAUAAUUUUAACAUAUCAUUGGGCGAUUGUGACUGCUUGUUGAAUAGAUUUUCAUUUCGUAGAGUUAUAAAUAUUGUAAAAAAUAUUACUUAUUGUAAUAAUCGUUCAUUCCAAUCGAAAAGUUGAAGAAACCUAUUUGUUAAGUUUUUUUACGUGCAAUUAUUAAUUGCUAAUUCUAAUGUAAGCGAUAUAGUUUGUACAGCAUAGUUGAUGAAAAAUGAAGCAAUUAUUAAAAUUAAACAUUUUCUGAAAUUGUUACUGAAUGUUUCCUUUAAAGCCGUACGGAGAAUUCAACAGGUAACUGGGUAAACAAACGAAAAUACUAUUAUUAGUCAACAAUGAUAUUUAUUUGGAAGCUAAAAUAUAUCCUAUUUUAGAGUAUUAAACAUAGAAUUAUAACGUAAAAUUUUCCAUUUUAACAUUAGGAACGUGCUAUAUUAUAGAAAAGGACAGUUAACACACAAUGUCGACCUUAUUACAUAUUACAAUUUUGCAAAACUUUAGAAAAUACUUCCAAACAAUCUAAAUGAUGAUAAUAUCACAAAUUACAACGUGAGACACGUAAUCCACUAUUGAUUACCAUGACUGCUUUUGGAAUUUAAAUAAAUAGAAAUAAUUUAAAAAAAAUGGUCCAAAUAAUAAUACUCAAUUGUCACAUAGACGAUAAACAUUAAUUAGAUUAAUACUUAAUUAAAUAUAAUAAAACAUCGAGUGAGUGAGUGAUAACAAAACUAAGACAUUAAAAUACUUUGGUUCAUGUGAGUACAUUCAUUAAACUACGUACACUGGUGUGACUGAAUGCUGAAAUCCGUUGUUAUGUUCUGUGCCCAAAAUAUACACGAGUUGACAGAGAAACUUUGAUAAAAACCAUUGUCGGCUAGGUAGUGUAAAUUUACUUAAAAGCCUUAGAGAGAAAAGGCUCCCUAACGCUCACAAUUAUUGUAUCCAAUGCCAUGUAUCGGAGAGACUGGUCAAGCUAUUAUAUAAAUCCUCAUUCAAAUAAACUACAUAAUGUCUCGAUCUUACUUUAAUACUUCACAAAACUUCAGACAAGUAGGCACGUGAAAUAAUACGACAGCCUUUUUGAUAAUAUAGUAAAUUCGUCUUAUUUAAUCUGUACAUACAUGCCUAUAUAUAAUUAUUUUGUUAAAACUAUUUACAUAAACAACUAGAACAUUUAAUUUACAGUCAUCUAAAGAAAAUUCUAAUGUGUUGUGUAGUAUUACAGCAUAAUAAUGAGUUACAAUGGACGUACUUUUCGGGGAACAAACAGAUAUCAGCACUUGCUUCAAUUCAGAUCCAUUAAAACUUUAUUCAAAAAAAAAAAUCUUAUUUAAACAAUUGAGGAACCUGCUAUAUUAUAUUGUACUUUGAUUUCUAUACCAAACUUAAUUAAUAAUUUAAAGAAAAUCUACAAAAUAUGUACUUUUCGCAAAUCCAUAGAGCCCUUUUUUAACGAGAGGGUUUAGUGUUAUUUUUUUAAACAGUAGAAGUAGAAUUGUCAUUCUUUGUAUAAAAAAAAAUUAGAUUCAAUAUCAGCAAUGUCGGUAAUGACGACACAAAGAAAAUACGUAUAGAUCUCGAUGUAAAGAAAGAUCGAAGAAGUUAUAUUUGUGUAUAAAAAAACACACACCGUGUAUAAGAAUCAUUUGGUCUACAAGAAAAUGUUUUUUAUAUUCAACUAGAUUUUUCUGUCAGCUUCGGCCGCGAUACCAAACCAAAAAGUUUUUAACAUGUCAUUUAACUUUAUUAUGACUCGAUCAUUCGUUUUUUUUUUGAGGUGGCAGAGUUAUCGAUUUUCUUUCUUGCUUUGGGUGGAGCGAGAGGGGGUGUCAGACUAUUACUAAUUAAAAACCACCUCGUUCCUUCUCCUACUUCAGGCCGAAGCCGCAUUACAUUAGUUUUUGCCCUUAUUUAACAUUUGUAAUAUUAAUUUGACAGUAUAAAAUUUGGGUCUGAUUAAUAUAAAAUCCAGUAUUAUCUUGAUACAAGAGAAUUACUUGAGUCAUGUGACCGAUCAAUGUCUGAUAUUAUCGAAAUCAAUAAACCAUGACUCCGCUGUGUACAAAGCGUCUUUAUUAAAUAAUAUACUAUAGGUAUAUAAUAAUAUAUAUAGUAGUUAAUGGGUGUAAAAACGAACUUCGUAUCUCGGAUGACAUGACAUAAAUAAACAUAUAAGAUUUUUUGUUUAGGAUUUGCAUUGCUUUUGUACUUGUUUGUAAUUCGGGACGGAUAGAAAAAUAUUCGUUUUGCUACACUAAUAAUAGUGAGGGAAAAAUAUACGUUUCCUUAGUACCGAUCAACAUUUAUAACCUCACUUAAAGAUCAUGAUGAUGGUAGCGUGAUAUCCUUAAUACUUAACCAUGAAAUCUAAGGACUUUCCAGUGCGAAAAACCAUUUAGAGGUGCUUAAAAUAAUAAAACUUGAAAACGAUCCUAAGUUCAAGGUCACACGAUUUAAAAUUGCAUGUAGCUUAAUAACCCGAAUGAUCUGAAUUGCGCUGAUACCUGCCCCGACCUCGUAGCGAUCUCUCCGUUAGCAUUGCCCUCGCAGCCGAUACAGGUAUUGCACAUAAAUAAAUGUUAUUGUUACAAAAUUAUUGUUUAUCCGUACAUUACUUACAUUGAACACACAGGCACCUUACUUUAGUAAUCUUGGCAGUAUAUCAUGGCACGUGACACUUUGUUGUAUUUCUGUAGCAUUCGAUGCCCUCCGCAACACUCGAACAAACGCAACUUUUUGAACCAAAUUAAUAUUACGUGUAAAUGUGUCAAUUAUUUGUUCGUACAAUAUGAAAAUACAAUGAAUUAUUAAAUUUAAAGCUUUGAGUAAUAAAAAUAUCACAAAUAACUUUGUCAGUUUAAUAUAUGAAGCCAAAUUGAAGGCCCUUUGGGGACCACGAUCGCUUGGAUUUGUCCGUGCACGGUGUUCUCUAUAUCCUAGAUACGUAACGUAUAAAAAUGUGUCACCAGCACAUAAUGUGUUGUUAUUGUGCAAAAAUGCUUGUAUCAAAUUUGGCUUCACGUCAACGUAUAAAACAACAAACAGUGCUCUCUAUAAAUUAUCCAUAACUUAGUGACAUUUCAUAUAUUCUCCCGUUCAAUCACUGCGCACACACUGCACAUCUAUGUUCUGUAGGAAUUUCUGAAAACCUAACAAAAUGCAAACCAAAUCAAUAAGUGUUCCCAAAUAUAUCGAACUCAUGAUGAGAGAUAUUCACGGAAUGCGUAGAGUUAGAAACACAAUGCAAAAUAUUUAACUUAACAACUAAAUACUAGUAAUAACAAUUCCUUUUAAGUAUUAAUAGUCAGUUAUGUUCCUGAUACACGUAAGAAAAGUAAGAUAUCGGGCGCGGUAUGUUUAGUUCGACCAUCAUAAACAUGCUUUGCAGAAUGAUUGAUAAAAUAAAAUUUGGUUUUAAAACUACCGAAAACAUUGUGACUAUAAUUAGGUUGUUAGGAGUCGGUACUGUAUGAACAUUGAACCUGCCGAUGUAAACCUUCACAUCACAUACAAUCACGUCACAGACACAUGCCAGACGGAGCCAGUUGUACGCGUAUCGCAAAUACAAAUUUCGUUUGGACUAGGUAUUUACAUAGGAAUGAAUCCAAUUCCCGAUACAACAUUUACACUGAAGCACGAGAGCUCGGCAAGGAGCCGUCACACACAGGUAUGUACAAGAUGGAGUGCACGCGAACACGUUAGUAUCAGCGGCGACGCGGAGGGUGGACUACCUGUGCCAGGCUAUGGUGAGCGCGGUGCGGAGCUUGGUCCACAGCCACGGGUACAGGCCGCCGCCGCGCCACGCCGCGCGCGCCACGUACUUCACGUAGUCGUACAGCCCCCACGGCGCGUGCCCGCCGUUCACGUAGUACACGUACGUGAACCCGUCCUUACAUCGACCCUUAAUCGAGUAGUAGUACGGCAGAAACGAGUGCAGGCGGAAUCUAACAAACAGACAAUCCACCUUUUACAAAGAAUGUUCAUAAUAAAUAUUUUGGUGUUAAUUUUCAGGCCAAUACAAAUAUGUAGUUAGGUAUAUUGUUUGCAUGCCAUUAUUAUU